AUGGCACAUGGCAACCUCAUGCUUGAUCUACUGUCCGGCAAGUAUCACGAAGAAAGGGCAAAGGUGUUGGCGGAAAGUAGAAAAACCGAAGAAAAUAAAAAAGCAAAAACUACGAAAAAGACGAUUUUACCACAAAAUUACAGGGCUUUUUUGCAGACUUGUGCCGCGUUAAAUCCGGAUGAACAAUUAGAUAUACUGAAAAACAAAUGGAGAAAUGUGAACCGCAACCAAACGUUGACUAAAGAAGACAGCGAACGAAUUAAUUACUACUUGAACAAUGGCAUUACAGACGAUGCAUACGAACGGUUUCCACAACAAGUAUUGGUAAAAUUAAAAAAAAAUCGCGUUGAACUAAAUCUUAUAAAAAAGCAUAGUUUUAUCGCUGCGAAUUUAGAUAACGAAGUGCGCCAUAAUUACACAACGGCCAGUCGUAAGAUAAUAUUGGAUUACAUACUUAAGGAUCCUGAUGAGCUGAAAAGACUGCAAAUCACAAAAUACCACUUGCCCGAGCACCCGACAAUGCUUGUUAGAGGUCCUGUACCGUGGCACCAUAUGACAGCCAUCAAACGGGAACAGCUUAGGCACAGUUUGUACAUUUUCAAAGAGCCAAUUCUUAUGUUGGACAGAAUAUGGGAAAAGUAUUCCGAAGGCUUCAUAUUUUCCAUUGAUACGUUAAAAACGAACGGUAUGCCCAUCGGACCGGUUGGGUUGCAAGAGUUCCUCGACAAAUCGUGCCGGCAGUUUAGAAGUCAGCUCGUUAACAAAUGGUUGGUAGAAUGUGCUGAGCUUUUUAAAGACACGAGGCAUCUGUAUCGAGAUGUAUUGCCUGCACGCGGAAUGGAAGUUUCCAAGUAUCAAGUCGACAAGUUUUUCGACUGUGUUUCGGCCACCAUGUCCAGGCAAUUACGACAGAUUGUUUUCAAAUCGUUAAAUCAUUUCAUGGAAUACAUACACGACUUCAAGGACGGCAAUGCUCUGAAUACAGAAUACAAAGAAAACAUGUUCAUAAAUUGGCCUUUUUUCAUUUUAAAAGCAAUACCCGAUCCCAGUUCGACUAAAAUACUAUUUGAACCGUCUUACGAAGUGUGCUUGGAUCUGUUGCUGUCAAUCCCGAAGGAAAUCGUUAAAACUGUCGAAGAUAUGCCCAGAAUAGAACAGCUGUUAAUAAAAGAGUUAAAAGGCGAUUCAACGAUGGUCCUAAAGAAUGUGUACGAGUCCGAAGAAGAAGUACAAACCAUGCUGUUGGAAAUCAGACAAAUAUUAGAAAACAAUUUUCCAGGUCCAGAAAAAUACAUAACUUAUUAUCAAACGUACACAUAUUUGAUAGACGGAACUGAAGCCAAAUUGCUGGAUGAUUUUUUUUCGAUUGAACCGUUUCCUUUAUUAAACGACUUCAACGAUUGGGUCAUUAAGUAUACAACUAUAAAAGAUAGCUUUUGCAAUGUAAAAAAUCAAGCUCAGUUAAACUUAAUGAUGUUGGACGUGUCCGAAUCUGAAAAAUCAUCUGAAAUUAUUGGAGAGCCUCAAAAGAAAAGAUCCGCCGAUUUUGACGAAUGA